GUGCAAGGAACGCCUGCAAGAAAAACACAUUAUCGAUGUAUGACAUUUCAGCUCUCGUUUGUCGAGACGUUGGUUUCCUCCAAAUGAGAAUGCUUCUUCCUUUUCAACGCAGAACGUGAAAAAUCGCGUCAAAAACCGUUUUGUCUUUUUGAAAGACAUUAUCAACGCUUAAAGAUGCAUUUCAGUGCUGGGGAUAAAGUGACCAUUUUAUUUGAAGGAUGGAAAACCAACUCAGUAACAAGCAUGGCCUUGUCAGUUCUGGUUGUCUUCUUCUUGUCUAUUCUGUACGAGUUUCUCAAGGCAUUCAGGAUUUAUAAACCAAGAAAUCAAAAUAACCCAGAGGCCACCCUUCUAUUGGCAAGAAAUAGGAAUGAAAUUGGUCUAGAAAGAAGACCACCCAAAAGCCUUGGACAACAUUUAGAAGACACCUUCUUCUUUCUGCUCAACUUUAUCUUUGCAUAUUUCUUGAUGCUGGUUGCAAUGACGUGUAAUGCCUGGCUCUUCUCCUCCAUAAUCUUGGGAUGUGGCUUGGGGUACUUCUUUGCCCAGCCACUGUGCAAGCAUUACCUUACAGAUAAUCCUGAACCGAGAAUGAGAACAUAUGGCUUGACAGAUGGCCCUGGCCCUGGCCCUGUGAUAUAAUAUUGCCAACCACAUCUCACUGCUGGGAAAUGACAGGGACUGUGCAAUAGGAUAUAUAAGGCUCUUUAAAGAUUUGCCUUCACUAGGACGCAAGUGCAAUGCUGGCCAGGGGAAGAGGGGAAGAAGGGGGGGGGGGGGGAGGCUAGGGGGACACUCCCAUAAAAGCAGACAGGGGUAAUCAUUAGCAAAAAAAUUUUUUAACCCUAAGUGCUUUGGGUGUGGCCAACAGCAGUUCUUACCCCUAAGAGAUAGCAUACAUUAGGUGCCUUAAAUCAAAUUUCUAAAUCUAGAGAAAGCACUAAAAACAAACACAUUUUAAGUAUUUUUCAUCAAGUCUUCAAGUCCUAAUGUUAAAGUUUAUUAUUAGGUGUGGUUUAAGUAAAUUUCUAAACACCUAAGAGAAGGCACUAAAAAUCACAUUUUCAGUAUUCGACAAACAUUUUCAGUAUUCCUCAAUUUUAUUGCAGUCCUCUUAAAAGUCACUGCCAUCAAAUACAUGUCUAUUCUGAGAACUUGUAGGAGUGCUGUAGCAGGGGUGAAUACAGGGGGCGGAGGGUAGAUUGGGUGGAUAUCCACCCCCCUUUUUGAGCCAAAAAAAAGUCACUUUGUUUGAAAAAACUACGGAAAAGGUAUGGUCCAUGUUCCAUCGCAUGCUUGACUUUGCUGACACGACAAAUUCAUUUCGGCUUGAAGUAUUGUUAGAUCUAUGUGACCUACCAAGAACCACUGGAUCAGAUACAAGCCCUCUAUGCAGCCUUUAUCCACCCCUCAUUUUGAAAUCCUGGAUCCGCCCUUGUGUGGCAUAGUCUUCAAGUCCUGUUGUUAUUGGAUAGGAUGAUCUCUAAGGGUUUGGUAAAUAGCGGCUGGUAAAAUUUUAUACCUUAAAAGAUUGGACAAUCACACACCCCUAAUUCACAAAAUUAUUCAGGUCCAGAGACUAGUAGAGUGUAUUUUUACAAAUAAUAGCUUUAUGAUUUUUUGUGUAUAGAAUAUUGAAUUCCAAAAGACAAACCCCUUUCAUGUUUAUUCAUUUCUAGGAUAAAAGCAUUUAAUGUGUUCUGAGCAAAGCUCCCAAAAGAUAACACUGUUAAGUCCAUUCAAAGAUUAUUCAGGGCCAAAGACUGGUAGAGUAUAUUAGCUUUUUGGUCUGGAAAAAAAGGUGAAUUCGAAAAGAAUCCCCUGUCAUGCUUAUUCAUCUCUAGGAUAAAAGCAUUAAUUAAAACUGUUUGGAGCCAAGCUCUUAUUGUGUGGCUAACAAAUGUUGACUUUAUACAUGUAAAGUAUCUACAGCUCAUAUAUGUAGAAAUAGAAAAAAAAUGUUUAAUUCAUAGAAUUAGUAGUAUAGAUCAGAAAACAAAGAUUAUUAGGAUUUCAAAUAGAAACUGAGAAUAUCAGCAUUUGUAACAGAUAUACAAAAAAAAAAGUUAUUUGCUAUGCCUCCUCAAAA